AUGACGACGGGACCUCGAGGUUCUGUCCGUAAAAGUCGCCGUCUCCGAGCACGCGCGGCUUUAAAUGAGCAGCAAAAGGAGCGCGGCCAGCAGCGGCGCGGUGCAGAGAAGCGGCGGGAAGUACGAUACGAACGCGCCCCUGCUUCCUCUGCUCUCCCUCCGCCGGAAGCUAGCGCCGGCGCGCGUCUCCGUUCUCCAGAUCCAUCCCAGGUUUUUGCGAUGGCUCCCGCUAUUGAAGCAGUGGAGAAGGUCAAGGCGGCAAGCACACCCGUUAAGCCUCCUGUUCUUAAUGAAAGAAUACUAUCAUCCAUGACCCGGAGACCUGGUUCAGCACAUUCAUGGCAUGAUCUUGAAAUAGGCCCUGAUGCACCAACUAUCUUCAAUUGUGUCAUUGAGAUACCUAGGGGCAGCAAGGUUAAAUAUGAACUUGACAAGAAAACUGGACUGAUAAUGGUGGACCGUGUGCUCUAUUCAUCAGUGGUGUACCCUCACAACUAUGGAUUCAUUCCCCGCACACUGUGUGAUGACAGUGAUCCGAUGGAUGUGCUAGUUAUUAUGCAGGAGCCAGUUGUGCCCGGCUGUUUCCUCCGCGCAAAGGCCAUUGGCCUCAUGCCUAUGAUUGACCAGGGAGAAGCAGAUGAUAAGAUCAUUGCAGUGUGUGCUGAUGACCCUGAAUACAAGCAUUUCAAUGAUAUCAAGGAGCUCCCACCUCAUCGGUUGGCUGAAAUCAGACGCUUCUUUGAGGACUACAAGAAGAAUGAGAACAAGGAGGUCGCUGUGAACGACUUUCUGCCCGCGACUGCUGCUUAUGAGGCCAUUCAGCAUUCCAUGGAUCUGUAUGCUACUUACGUCGUGGAGGGCCUGCGGAGGUAG